AAUGGGUCCAUGUGCAUCCCAUGCUCACAUGGAGGCAUCAUGCUCCUUCUGGGCUCAGGAAAUUGCUCUGUGGGCAGAGCUGGGCGCGUCACUUAUCCCCACUUCAGGGCAUGAGUCUCCCCACACCAUGCAGCUGGUGGGGUUGCCAGGGUAAUCUCCCAGGUGGGUGUAGGAGGCAGGCAGGGCAGCUGCUGUCAGAGGUGUAGCCAGGCCCAUGGGCAGGGAGCUUGCCAUCAGCAGCUCUGUCACCAACACUUUCCAUAUGAAGGAAAGAUCCUUCCCUGCAGCCAAGAGUUCUUGCUGGUCAGGGCCACUGGCAAGGGGUGGCACCUAUGACAUCAUGGCUGGAGUUUGCCUUUUCUCUGCAUCUGAAUCCCCAGGAGCAGAAGCCUUGUGAGCACCUGUCAGCUCAGGCUGACUCCUCCACUGCAACCGAGUUGUAGUUCCAGGCACAGCCAGUGCCUGUGAUGCUUCUCCAAGCCUCAGUGAGCCUGUGACAGCCUCGGUGGUUCUGCCUGCAUGCAGCUGGGUCUCCUGCCCAGCACAGACAUUUCAGCUCCUCAUCACACACCUGGAGAGAAGAUGGUGAAGGAGCUGGUGCUGAGGCUGGCAGGGAGACACAGAGCAGCUCACAAAGGCUGGAAUCAGGCUUUGCAGCCCACACAACACCUGGGGCUGAAUUUGGGCUGAAGAUGCAGUGUGUGGCUGUGGGAUGAGAGAGCUUAAUGAUGCUUAGCCUUUGGUUUUGUCUGUCAGGGUGAGCAAGAAAUUAUUCCCAAUUAUCUAAAGUGAUGGGCUAAUUUGGUGGUGAAAAACCCUCCUUCAGAUGCCUUGCUGCAGAGUUAAAGUGGGUUUUCUUUGGUUUGGCUUUUUAAAGUGGAGUGACCAACUCAAGUAGACCUCAGCCCAGGGACACACUUGGUGGAGCAGGCAGCGGUAUGACUGCCUGUGCUGAUAAUUUCUUUUCGAGCAAAGUCUACCCAGGGGGUAGGGAGUGAGCCCAGUUGUACUAGGAUGGCUUUAAUGCUGAUUAAAAACAUCUGCUAAGGGGUUUAUUGAACUUCAGUCACUUCCAAGAAGGAAGGAACGACUUUCCUCUCUCUCCAGUCCUGUGUCCUGCAGUGCUUGUGCAGAGCAUAAGUGGGGUGCCAUGGGGACUGGAGAAAGAUUAGGGCCUAUGGAGAAGGAAAAGCUUUUGCUGCUCAAGGCAGGAGGUGAGUCACUGUGGGUAAGACUGACAGCUCUGCAUCCCUGUCUAAUUAAGGGACUCUGCUAGACAAAAAAGUCCUGUGUUAGCAAGGUGAUGGACUUUUCCAGCCAUGGCUCCCAGCAUUGCGAUCUGGAGCUUCUAGGAAAUACCAGCAUGAAGCUACUUCCAGAAGCCCACAUGGGUUUCAGCAAAAGCAGAGUUUGGGUCUGUUUGACAAGAGGGUUUCACUGCAGCCUGUCACAUCUCAGAUGAAGCUUCAGGAACAGGAUCGUUUGCCAGUAACCACCACCUUGUGCUGAUGUUAUCUAGUUUCUGCAGAAUGAACCUGCUGAGUUGUCAUCUGUGACACUGUCAGGGGAAGUCCUGACUCCUGACACUGCAGUUCCUGCCUCUGCUUUGCCAUGGCCCCAAUUCCAGCAGCAUCAUCUGGGCUGGUUGGAUUUGCUGGAUACCUGCUUGUGCUGAAAUGUCAUGGGGUUGUCAGAAAGAACUGGGCAGCAACGCUGUGAUGCAGGCCUGCAGGCUCCCAAAUCCAAUGGAGCCACUAGCAGGCUAACAUGUAGUUUCUGCAUGAAGAUAAAAUGGCUACUGGCAGCUCAUCUCAAGGUGGUGCUGAACGCUUGGUGACCAGACAAGCAGCAAGAGAGGGUUUGCUCUAGAGCUAAUGUGUGGGUAUUGGCAAGUGCCUCUCGGUAUGUGGGCUACUGACUUCUGACAGAGGCAAACUCCGUGGGUGCCAAGCAGAGGCAUUGCUGCAUUUUGCAGGUGUUUGCCAAGUGAGGCAUCCCUUUUCUUCUGUGCAGACCUUCCCUGGAGUCAGUGACCUCUCUAGCUCCAGACAGCAGGUAAUGGAUGAGUUGCUAAGGUGCUGGUGCGUGCUGGCACUGCUGUAUGAUGGGACAGAAUGAUGGCACACCAUGCAGCCAGUGUAACAAGCUGGCAAAGCCAAACUCACUGGUCCAAACAAACCCCCUCAGCUGCAUGUGCAAAGUGUUCUUUGUGUCUGCAAAGUGGAUGCAGGCACCUGUUCUGCUCUCUGUUGAAUACCUGCAGGUUGAUGGAUCAUAUGCACAAGUUUUAGGAGCAAGGCAAGCAGCCAAUGUACCCCAUGUGACAUGGAGCCUCAUUCAGACAGGACUUUGGAGCAGCACAUUUCUUCAUCUGACAGCAACCAUCUGCUGUGGCUGCAAGGUCCCACACUGCUUGGCGGCUGAGUUUGCAGGCUGGGGUAGCAGCACCUCUGCAUUUCUCCCAGCCAUGCUCUGAGUGUGCCUAAGUGCCAGCUGGCACUUGGAUGGUUUAGAUGUGAGUGCCAAAGCGUUCAAGGCUGUGCUCCAAAUUCCAGAUAGAACUACCUGGUAGGUGCCUCUCAGUGUGCAGCAGUGGGGAAAGGAGGAAGACUGCAUGAGGAAUGGGAUAAAGAAGAGUAGAUUCAUCCUUUAUAACUGUAAUGCCAUGGUAGAUAGGGGGAAGCUUCCCUGGGCUGCUGUGUUUGCUUCUGUCUUCCCUGCUGUGAAAUCAGUAGACAUCCAAAGAUGGGUGCUGACCUAAAUUAGGGCUGCAGGAAAAUUUCCCUAUGUAGGGACUAAAAGUCCCACUAGUUUAGAGUGGAAACUAGCGAAAUGCCGCGUGAUAGAGAUGUGCAGAGCAAUUCCUGGCUUAGAGAUAAGUCUGUUCCUCUGCUCACCCCCUCACAAGAUGUUCAAAGAAAUGGAAAGACAACUCAUUUCACACUGAUAAACUGACACACUUCUCACAGAGCCAGCAAAUUGGUUUGUGCAGGUGGACAAGAUGCCCUCCUGGCCAGCAGUUUCAGAUGGCUCACAAAGGAUCAGGUAUUGAUAUGAAAAACAAGGAUACUCAAAAGUGAAGUAAAAAAGUUUGGCUUAAAUAAGGUAAAAGAUGACAUGAUUCUUGGACACCUACUUUGGGGUUCAGGUAAAGAAUGGUGGCAAGCAAUUUCUAUUUUCCUGUCCCUUCUUUGAAACCAAUUUUGGCAUUAUUAGUGACACUAGGAGGACCAAGUCUUCAAGUCAGGGCCUUGUACCAUCACUGCUGACAUGGCUUACGUUGUUGGCAGCCAGAUACAAAACUGUAGGAAAAGUAGCCAUGUCCCAGGAGGUUGAUUACACAGCACCUCUCUCUUGCCAGUGUACCAAAAUGCAAGGAUGGAAAGCACAGGAUUGAUGAUCAUCUGAAACUGCUCCCUCUCCCUCCCUCCAUCUGCUGCUCUAAGCCCCCUGGGGAAACUUGUGGGACUUUGCAAGCCCUCUGAAAUAGCCAGCAGUAAGCGAGUCCUCCCUUGGUGUUUGGGUGUUUGACCAUGGGCCUCCUUCCUUGUGUUUCUCUCAAAAAGACAUAGAAGAGCCCUGGGGGCUCUGGGGUAUGGACCAGGUUUGGGUCAGGGGCUCAGCCCUACUGCUGCCUCCCUCAGCAGCCUGAUUUGUGACUCUGGAUUGUCUUCCAGAGAGCUGGCAUCAGGUGAGAGCUGUGUGUGCCAGGGUGUGACAGCACGUGCCAGUGCACUGUCCAGGCUGAUGGGGCUUACACCCAUUUGUGUGUUUUGGUAACUCUGCAGUGUGCUUCUGCCAUUCAGUGCUACUUGCACCGGCACCAAGUGUGCCUGCACAGCUUCCCUGUCCCCUCCUUCACAGCCACUCUGCCCCACACUGCCUGUCCUCCUCCAUGCUGCCUCCAACUGGGCUCCAGCACUGCUUGUACAAGCAUCACACAAGCCUGGGCACAAGCUCACUGCAUGUCAGCCUGUCAGCGCAGCUGCUUGUGCUGAACACCUCCUCCAAUCAUGCUGCGUGAGCUGAAGGAUUUGGGAAGCUCUUGUUCCUGCCAAAUGGGGUGGAGAGAAGGGAAAACUGGUGUACACACCCCCGUAAUCCAAAAGUGAAGCAGAUCCCAUUGGGGUGAAAGUACAAUACUAGCAUGAGUGUUGUUCACAGCCAUCUCCUGCCGAGGUGGGUGUCUCAGAGUCUAUCUGCAAGAACAUGUCCUAAAUAAGCUGUAUUCAAUCCUUGUGAGUCUUGAACAUGUUUUGUGGUGAUGGGUGCUGUUGAAGGAUAUUUUCCUCUAAAUGGAAUCAUGAAGCAGCAAUGUAAUACACUCAAGAGUCAUGUAUUAAUUUUAGAGACACCAUCCACCCCCAUGCCAUGGAUCAUGGAGUCAGCCAAAGUCCUGUGAACAUCAAAUCCUCCAUCAGGCAUUGUUCGUCCCCUGGGAGCACAAUUUGUGCUGCUCCAUUGUUGCGGUUAGAUUCACUGCAGCAGUAGCAGAGUCCCAAGGUUGAGUCCUGCUGCCACCAUGGCCAGGCUGAACAGCCACGUGUGCCUCUCCUGCUCUUAUAUUGCCUGGAAAUGGACACUCUGGGAAGCACAAAGGAAGCUGGGGCCAUGGCCCCCUGCCAUCACCAGUAAAUCUACCCCUGGGUGGAUCAGCCCUUCUGGUUAAACGGGUCACUGCCCUUCCUCUUUGGGCCUUCCCCAUCAUCACCGAACGAGACUGCCACCGAGAUGAGUCAAACCGUCAGACAACAUCUGCAUCCUCCGCACACCACGUCCAUGCGCUUGGAUAGUUCAACUGGUGGGCUCAGCCCAGGCAGCGGAAGCAAAGAAACCCUGGUUGACUCGGGGGCGUCUGGUAGCUGAACCUUUACAGUGUCCCAAGCACAGCUGGGUGAUCUGGUUCAUUUUUGACUGAUCCCAGAAGGUAGACAAGGCCUGUGAGGACAGCGGUGAGAGAAGGUUUGGCCUUGAAUGGAUGUACUCUACCAGGGUUUGAGAUCUUCUGACCUGUAGACUCUUGUAAGAGUACAUCUGAGUAUUUGCUCAUGAGUUGCUAAGUCCUUGCAGGGAACAAAUUAGAGGUUGCUCAACUAAAUACACAACCAGUUGAUCUGCACAGGACAGGAGAAGGAGAAUGUGGUUCAACCCUUCAAAAUAGCCUGGAUUGAACUCUAAUAAUCGGUGUCUUGAGACUGAAAUUCAUGUAUGUGCAGGUCUGACCCUGCCAACCUCCUGUCAACCCUUCAGCUCUUGCCAGGCUUGGUCUUCCUCUCCAGAUGGACCCCAUCUACCUGGAGCUCAGUGUCCAUAUCUGGAAAGCUAGCACAUUUGGCAUUUUCUUUCUACAGUUUCCUUCUUUUAAAAUAUGGGCAGGAAAGAAAAAAAAAAAGCAUUACUAAUGACAUUCAAAAAAACCCACAUAAAAGUGGCAAAGCCAAGUACUGAAGACCUAGAAAUUUCCAGAAAUGGGUUUGCCCUCGCAGUCUAGCUUCAGCUGUCUUGUGCAUAUGAUCACUUCCUGCAUUUUACCCUGGAUUGGAACCUCUUUAGCACCCAGGCUGGACCUUGGCUGAAGGGAGCAAUAAGCUGGGCAGCUAGGCUUUCUAAUUUCUUAGCAGGGCUGAGAAACUCCUAUCAAGUCAGUGAAGCAAGAGACUGCAGAAAGCAAGGUGGUUCUCCUGGGUAGACAGCUGAUGCCUCCCUGGAGAGCUGGGUCUGUGUCUACCCCUGUCUUGAAGUUACUCUGUGAAUUGGUGAGCCACAUAAGCAAGAGCUUUCACAGGAGCAGCCGCACCUUCCUCAUUUCCCAAGCUGCUUUACAGAAGUGCUAAAGAUUUGCAGAUGCAGUCACAGACAUCAGGAUCUGGGGUUUGACUAAACGAAGUGCUAUAUAGUGCCAAAAACAUAAAAAAAAAUUAGAUCCUAAUUGGUUCAAAAUGUGUAUCCAAAAUUAAUGAGUACUUAUGACCUAAAUCUCUUUUGUCUUUUAUUUUGCACCUGUUAAAUAGGCAUAACUCCAUCCUCUCAUCCCUAACUCCGGACCUGAAAAGGUGGCUGAGAAAACAGCUUCAUUAAUAACCCUGAAGCACUCAGUGCUGAAGUGACGAGCGUUAGAAAGAGUCUGUGAAGAAAUGGAAAAGCAGAAUAUUGGAGCACACUGAUUUGAGGACAAGAUGAAGUUGAGAUCACACUAAGCCCAGACUCCAGAGUUUCUGCAGCCAUUCUGUCCUUGGAGAACAAGACUCCCUUCAGUAUUGCCUGCUGUAAUUUACAAGGGACAAGUACAGGACUGGUUGGCCCUGUCCUUCCCCUAAAAACCUCUGGAAACAUCCUUUCUCCAUCGAGCUGCUGGUAUGGCAGUAGCCUAGCACUGUUUCCGGCCACGUGACUUUCAGCUUACAUCCCUGAGGUUCUGAGAAACCACAGGAGGCUGAGACCUAAAGGGAAGGUGCAGAGGCUCUGAGAGGAGAGGCAGCGAAAGUGUCGGAGUGCUGCGCAGGAGGACAGAGUGCUUCUGGGACGGGUGAGAGCAGGGAGCCAAGGGCCACAUCAGAGGUGACAGAGGAGGACAGAGGAGAGGCAGAGAAGCAAGACUGAAAGCAGGCACACCAAGAGCACAAAGGAAGCUGAAGAGAACCUGGGAGCCAGGAACAGCAGCCAUGCCCCACAGCUCUGACAGCAGUGAUUCCAGCAGCUUCAGCCAGUCUCCCCCUCCCAGUAAGCAGGACUCUUCUGAUGACAUGAGGAAAGUCCAAAGGAGGGAGAAGAAUCGCAUUGCUGCCCAGAAGAGCCGCCUGAGGCAGACCCAGAAAGCAGACACACUGCACUUGGAGAGUGAGGACUUGGAGAGACAGAAUGCUGCCCUGCGCCGGGAGAUCAAGCAGCUGACAGAGGAAAUGAAACACUUCACCUCGAUGCUGAGCUCCCAUGAACCGCUCUGCUCCAUCCUGACAUCCCCUCCACCACCUCCAGAAGUGAUUUAUGCCACACACUCUUUUCACCAGCCCCAUAUUAGCUCCCCACGCUUCCAGCACUGAGCCAGCCAGCAGGACAGUAGCCUGCCAGCUCCACUGAUGCCAAGAAGUAACUUUGUGGGGCUUGCUUUUCCAUCCAUGGGAAGGAAUUGGACAGAUGGACACUCCUUCUUAAAGUAUGUAUUCUGAGUGAUUUUCCUAAGAGUUGCUCCCUGUGCAGAAAUGGCAGAGCCACCAUGAGGCAUAUUUGGACAGUUUCCAGCUUGGAUUCUGGGAGGAAGAGGCAGUCACAAAAGGGCACCAACCCCCUUCUCUGGUCCUUGCUUGGGGAGACUCACAGGAGUGUGCAGCACUGGCAGCCUCCAUAAGAGCAACUGGCUGUGGCACGCAACAGCCAGACCUCCAGGAAGAGGAAAGGGAGCAGGGGUGGAGGGGAAGGUUGGGGGCCACAGAGUGUCAGGGCAAAACUGGUUUAUUUUUGUAAAAUAAAGAUUGAAAAUGCUUAA